AUCAUUUUCCACUUGCCUGAUAACCCAUAUCUUAAUUUCACUCUUCAAAAGUUUUUCUUUUAAACUUUCAUUUUUUUUAAAAAAUGUGACCUAAACGGUACAAAUGGCUUGCAAUUCACUCAUAUAUGGUCACAUAAAGAAAUGAGCAAACAACAAGGCGAUGGAGAAACUCAUGUAGGAAGGAGAGAAAAUAGACAAGAGUGUAUGAUGUGUGGUUAAUUGAUUAGUGUCUAGAAGAUGAUCGGCAGCACGAAAGUGCUAGAGAUAUACACACUCGCAUUGACGAAGAACAGUACAGUGAUCAGCACACUGCUAUUUUACGGUAGCAUAUCUCAGCAGAUGACGCAUACAAUAGAGUUACGUGGUGUUGAGAAAUUAUUUUUCGUCUGUAACUUAAAUGUGAUUGAUUAAUUGAUUGAUACAUUGUAUGUAUAGGAAAGUUAAUAAAAAGUUUCUACACUUCAUACCAGCUUUCGUCGCUGAUCGUGAACCUCCAUGUGGUGUUAAUCUUGGCUCCGUUGAACCGUUGGGUUAUCCAGCAACUAACAUGGUCGACGAACGAUAUCCGGUCAUUGAUCAAGAAACCAAUGAGACACGAUUAGAGUAA